CCUGCGUCACCGUGAACGCUGUGACCUCGGGCAUGGAGAGGGACAUUUGGAGGCAUGUCCAAAAGUCAUGGACGAGCAAACAUACUGCUGUUUUGUUGAUUCUGUUGUGACAUAAAGCUAGCCAGAUAAUAUUUCAAGCAGUGAGGGACUACUGGCUGGUUGGGAGGCUGGUCAGAAACCGGACACUAUAUGCAGUCUGCAGUCAGACAAGCAGGCAGAAUUGGAAUCUAGACAAACUUUACACGAGUGGAUACACAUCUGGACUUGAAGAAAAGUGUACCUAGCAGACAGAUCGGCGGUGAACCCUCCUGACCGGGUGGCUGAAUGGCGUCAAGACAGGGAGACAUGCCAGCUCUAGAAUCUGGAUCGUCGUCCGGCGUCUUGGGUGCGCUGUCGUAUCCCAUUGGACUGACCCGGCACAAUAUGUGCUACGACGACCAAAUGGAUAUCCCGAUGCAUUCCCCACCUACGGACUUUGCUGUCAACAGCUUAUGGACAGACCCCGUCGUUCCAAACCGCAGGUUUAGGAAGACUGCAGAGGCAAGUGAGAAGAGUGGAAAGAUGAUGACUGCGGGAUUGGAGCCAGCCAAGUUCCCACUCCGUGUUGUGAAAGCCAAAGCCAGCUCUUUCAUGAGCUCUCUCACCAUAAAGCAGACCCAAGAGAACCUCCAAAGUUUUGAGCACCGGGCAGGACUGACUGACACUGGCUAUACCCCCCACAAGGGCCUGUCUGCUGAGGAGACUCGCUUUCGCCGCCUGGCUGACGGCACACAUCCCAAGCUGAGAAUGUCAAUCGGGGACUUGAAGGACGACAGGCUUACAACAUCAGCACAAUCCACACCAAGUGGGACCCCCUGCGUCACCCCCUCAGUCACCCCCUCGGUCACUCCCUCAGUCACCCCGUGCGUCAGCCCCCUUGCAUCACCGGCUGUCACUCGCAGGAGCUGGUUCCAGCGCAGUCCUGCACCCUUUCUCACACCAUUAGAUUCCAACAGUCCUAACCAUACAGCUGACAUGGGAGGAAACCAAGGAGGAGAGGACACGUGGAGCUUCUUUGGAACUCGCUCAGUGGUGCAGAAGUCCCCCACUCACCCAGGCUCUGAACCCAACACAGGCUUUUCACUUCAGUCCUACUUUGGCCUGCAGAGGUCCUCCACCAUAGCAGGCACCGGUGGCCAAGACAGCCUCACUGUGGGGGAUACUACCAGCUUCAUGCCUCCCAAAAUUGAAAUUGCUGGCGUGGACCCUCAGCAGCCACCCCCACGGCCACACAAACUCAAACCCCGGGACAUGAAUGUCUUAACACCGUCAAGCUUCUGACCAGACGCACAACAAUUACAUCUGUCAGACAUGUGCUUCCCUGCCUUCCUUCGUCCCUCGGCAGACGCCCCCCCCCCCUCCCCCUCUCCCCAAUGUAGUAUCAGUUGAUAGUAUUAGAUAUGAUCGCACUGUUACUACUUCCAGUGGACUGCAGCCUUGCACUCUCGUCCUUUUCUUCCAAUAGGAUCAAAUACAUGGGGAAAAUGUUCAAUAUCCCUCACAAGCCAUAGAUUAAUGUACAAUGACUUAUUUUAGUAGCAUUGGCAUGCAUCAAAAUGUCAUCUGGGUUCCAUGUCAGCCUUGACAUGAGAUUGAAGUUGUCAAGCUGUUCUUGUUUCCAUGGUGCAGCUUCAUACUAAAUUCAGUUUUGUUCUAUUUUGUUAAGACAGCACAGAUUUGUUGUCGCACUUUGUGCCCAAACCUGCAGCAGUGAUUUUUUUUUCUAAAUAUUUGGCUUUGUGAUGUCUCAAGUGUAAUUGGUGAGCUAAACAAGCUUUUAUAAUUAAGAUUACAACUUUUCAUGUUAACACUAUUCCCAUAGUUCAUAUUCUAAAUAUGUGUGUGUGGAUAUUUUGUAUUGGCUCACAAUAUAACUCAUGUUAGGAUACAAAGCAUUGCAGUGGUUGUUUUACAUUCAAUGUGUAUUUUUUUGUCAAAAACAUACUGGUCCCUAAAGUUAAAUUUGAAUUUGGUGAUGAGGUAAUUGCACAAGGGAGAUCGUACCUCCCACUUGCACGUGUAAAUAAAAAAAAAUCUGGGCAUU